UGCCCUGUCUGCUUUGAACGGGAGAACCAGACACGCUGUCGCGCGGCCUGGGAUGAGCGCGGGACGACGGACGGCGGCGGCGGCGGUGGUGGUACGCGCGAGAGCUGUGCCGGGGCCACGUAGCGGGGCUGAGGACGCACCGGCGCAGGUUCCUCCGCUGAGCCCACAAACAAACAAACAAACAACAAAUAACAACAACAACAACCUCCCGCACUGUGGACCGAACUAACCGCCGACGGUUCAUAAAUGCACGUCCGCGAAUGUGGAGGGAGCGAGAGAAGUGCGCGUGCAGCCCCGAAUCUGUGCAACUGUGAUUGCACGAGCGCAGGAGGGAGGUCGCUCCCGGCGGAGGUAAUGCUCUGUAAAUGGCUCUUCAAGCAAGACACAAAAGUCCUUAUAGCAGUUCCAUGUCUGGCAUUCAGCUUUUCUUUACCUGCUCAGCAAUUUGAAGACACUGUUACCAAGCAGAGCUGCAGUCUUCACAGAAACUGAAUCUGGACCCGGUCUACAUCUGGAGAGGAAUUUAACUUCAAAUGUUAUGCAUCAAAGACACUGAGGCUUCAGAUUUUGCUGUCAGAAUUUUUUAAGCAUAUAAAACAAAACUUGGAACAGAUUGCAUGUCUUUCCGACAGUGUUCCCUACCUUGGACAGCAUGGAUGCUCUCUUUGAAUCAAGUUGACUGUCUCUCACCUUAUCCCCUCCUUCCUGUCUCCUUAGCAGAAGGAAGGUGGGGGAUUGGUGCAGCGUCCCCUGCCUCUCCUUGUAGAAUACGUUAGUCUAAAGGCACCAUAGCAGUCAUUUUUUCCCAUUUCUACCCCUCUUCAUGAAAUCCUGCCAGAGCCUCAAGGAAGAGGUUUCCGUCCCGAGCCUUGGCGGGAUGUCACAGGAGGAAGGACGCAGGGCGCAAGUGUCCCAGUCCUAUUUUCACUCCCCUAACCCAGAUCUGGACCUGGCGGGCAAGCUUUACAAGAGAGAGGUUGGUGGCAAGCCUUAUUCUGUGUUAGUGGACAAUAAAAUGGCAGCCAAGUCAUCCAUGGGCGAUCAGAACAUUGGUCAGUUGCCCACACAACAUGUGACUCCACAGCAGCAUCAGCAGUAUUUCAGAGAGGGAGGAGCAGUGCAGGAGGCAGAGAUGCAGGCUGGCAACAACGGCACGUCUGACGACACUGAAGAUGACGACGACGAUGAGGAAGAAGAGGGGGAGGAUGAGGACGGUGAAGAGGAAGGCUUUAAACGUGAGCAGAUCAUUGUUGAGGUUAACUUGAACAACCAGACUCUUCAUGUUUCCAAGGGUGACAACAAAGCUGGAACCACACCAGAUGACUCUGAGAGAGCUGGCAGCGACGAUGACGACGACGAUGAUGAGGAGGAGGAAGAUGAGGAAGAGGACGAGGACAGCCCUGAUGAAGAAGAGGAGGAGGACGAGGAGGAUGAGAUAGAAAGCCGAAGAACAAGGUCAAAGAGGGCCCGUCGAGGUGCCAGUAGCUCAGCAGCUCCUAGCAAGCCACGGAGGAAAAGCCUCAGAACAGCUCUGAGCACCGCCACUGGUGGAAUGACCACCAGGGGGCGUCGGAAGCGCAUGGAGCCUCCAAAGGGCAUGCGCAGGUCAGCCAGGUCAACCCCAUCGGCUGCAGGUUCCACAACCACAACAACUGGAGGGAAAGCAGAGGUGGAGGAGAAGGAGAUGCUGGCGUGCGAAAAGUGCCCUCGUGUGUUCAACACUCGCUGGUACUUGGAGAAGCACAUGAACGUUACACACAGACGAAUGCAGAUUUGUGACAAGUGUGGCAAAAAGUUUGUCCUGGAGAGUGAGCUGGCCUUACAUCAGCAGACUGACUGCGAGAAGAACAUCCAGUGUGUCUCCUGCAACAAGUCUUUUAAGAAGCUGUGGUCACUGCAUGAGCACAUUAAGAUUGUCCACGGUUAUGCAGAGAAGAAGUUCUCAUGUGAAAUCUGUGAGAAGAAGUUCUACACUAUGGCUCAUGUCCGUAAGCACAUGGUUGCUCACACCAAGGACAUGCCCUUCACCUGUGAGACUUGUGGGAAAUCAUUUAAGCGCAGCAUGUCCUUAAAAGUUCACUCACUCCAGCAUUCUGGAGAGAAACCCUUCCGUUGUGAGAACUGCGACGAGCGGUUCCAGUACAAGUACCAGCUGCGCUCCCACAUGAGCAUUCACAUCGGACACAAGCAGUUCAUGUGCCAGUGGUGUGGCAAGGACUUCAACAUGAAACAGUAUUUUGAUGAGCACAUGAAAACACACACAGGAGAGAAGCCUUUCAUUUGUGAGAUCUGUGGAAAGAGCUUCACCAGUCGGCCCAACAUGAAGCGCCACCGCCGCACCCACACAGGAGAGAAGCCCUAUCCCUGUGAGGUGUGCGGCCAGCGCUUCCGCUUCUCCAACAUGCUCAAAGCACACAAAGAGAAGUGUUUCCGGGUUACCAGCCCUGUGGUUCUGCAGACCAGUGGCCAACCCUUGCCUGUCCGAAUCUUCACCAACACCUUCUCCUCCUCUUCCUCCACCUCUGGUCCUGGCCCCUCAGCUGCCAGCCCGGCUACCACCUCAGCGCCCCUGGGCCUCAGCCCGACAGGAGGGCCCAUGCCUCUGCGAGGCCCUGUGGGACACACAUUCUCCCAUGUGCAGCUCCACUCAACCCCUUCUCACCAUCACGCCCCAACAACCCAGCAACAUCUUUCAAACACACCCCAACACGCCCCACCCCACUCCCACCACCACCUGGCCGUGCCCCCAGUCUCCCACCUUCCCCCACCCCCUGCCCUUUUCAAGAGUGAGCCCCUAAACCACUGCGGGCAUGAAGACAGCAGCUACCUGCACCACAUGGCUCAUCCCGACAAGGGUCCUGGGGCCCCACAGCACCACUGAACUGUGCUCCGGCACUGCGGGGCCACACCAAACCACGCCUUGUUUCUCUUGUUUCAUGGUCCUGCCUCAGCCCCUCUGAUGCAAGGCUCCUUAUUUAAGGUUAUUCCUCUCAAAAAGAUAAAAAUAAGUUAAGCUAAACAUACACACCAGAAAGAUCCAGACAUCCAGACUUAUACAUCCUCAGUUCAUGAAUUAUAUAAGUAUGACCUCUACUUAAAAACCCUGGUCAACUGACAAAGAUUUUACAAUCUUUCAAUUUUUUUUCUUGGAACAUUUUCUAAGGAAAUCUAACAAUCCCUGUACGAGUUAUCUACUUUUACAUUGAUGAGUGUAAAUUAUCUCCCUUUCAACAUAAGCUGCUGAUGGAAGUCAACAUAUGAAUGACCUGGGCUUCAUGGAUCUUCAAGAAUCAGUGUCAUUAAGCUCAUCUUAAUUGGAUAAUGAGAAAAGUGACUUAUGGUUGCACAUUGGCUUUCUGUGCAGGUCUGCCCCACAGCAAUACUCAACCUGUCCUCCGAGUUGUACUGUAGAGGCUCAGGCAUCACAGAAUGUUAAAUGAAUGUUGUUACUCGUUCUACCUGAGUCCUUCUCUGCCGUAAGUCGGAGGCUGAGGCUUUCUGUCCUUGGGCUACUGAAGUAGUG